AUGGAAGGCGAGAGGAGUGAGGCCGCAGAAGCCUCUGCACCGAUGGCCCCGCCUCCACCGAAAUUCAAGCCGCCUCCGCCAAAAUUUCCAGGCUUGCCUCCAAAUAAUGACGCCGACGUUACUCCUAGGACCUCAGCUGCGAGUGAUAGCGAUGCUACUCCCAAGCCUCCGGACGCCGACACCCGUCACAGCCCAGCCCCUGCCCCCACUACUGGCGCCGCAACUGGCAGUAUCGCCACGUCCAGCACUGCCGCCGCUGCAGCGGCGGCGGCCCGUGCGGCGGCAGCAGCUGCAGCUGGUGCCCUUCCUGCUCAGCGGGAUCGCGUCAUCGCACAGGUCACAUCCGCGAUGGGCCACCCGGUGACCACCCCGUUCGCAAAGGCAGCAGCGGCGGCGACGGCGACACCGGCCGAGGGUGCAGAGGAGGCUGGCGGCCCUGGUAGCGGCGGGGGCGGCAGUGCGGGCGGCGGCCUCCCGCCGGGUCCGGCUCCUACAUACGAGCCCCCUGCCUGGAGCGGCAUCCCAGCAGGGGUGGACUACUCUUUGGAGGUGCUGAAGAACGGGGCCAUUGUGGAGACCCGGCCGGUGAGUUCACAACCCUUCUACACAUUCGGCCGCAACCCCUCUGCUGACUUCAUCUUGGAGCACCCCUCGGCAUCGCGACUACAUGCCGUACUGCAGUACAAUGGGGAGACGCGGGAGGCCUUCAUCUACGAUGCCGGCAGUACACAUGGCACAUUUUUGAACAAACAACGGAUUAAGCCCAAGAUGUACGUCCCCCUGGCCGUGGGUCACACUCUGCGGUUCGGCAGCAGCAGCCGGCUGUAUGUCCUGUGUGGUCCGCAGGAGCUGAUGCCGCCCGAGGGACUCACCCCGGGGCAGCGGAAGCAGCUGGCGGUGCUAGAGGCCAGCAAGAAGAUGAAGGAACGGCAACAACAGGUGCUUGCUGCACUGUCCGGCGGUAUCACCUGGGGCAUGGCGGACGGGGGUGACGAGGAUGACCCCAUGGGGGGUGCGGAUGUGGACCUAGGGGACACAGAUUCCAUUGACUGGCGGGCGCUGGUGGCGGCGGGGCACCAGCUGAAUGACCGACAACAGAAGCUGGCAGAGAAGAUACGCUCCAAGGAGUGGAAGCUCCAGAACCUGAAGACUGAGAACCAACGCAUCACCGCUAAGGAGCGCCAGGAGGGCGGUCUGACUCAGGGCCAGGCGACCACUCUGGCUAGGAACACGCAGGCCAUGGAUCGGCUGGAGGAGGAGUUGGAGGAUUUGGAGGAGACCCUGAGGGAGAGCAUUCGGGAUGCGCUCAUGAACAAGAAGCGCGAGGCGGAGGCGGCGCGAGGAGGUGGAGGUGACAAGAAGCGCAAGGCCCGCGGAGCCGACAGUGAGGAUGAAGGUGCCGGCAGCGACAGCAGCGACGAGUUCUUCGAUCGUACGGCAGGAAGUGGGGCGGCGGCCGUCGCCAUCAAGCGACAGAAGGGCGCUGGCGGAGGCACCGCCGCCCCAGCCGUGGCGGCGGUUGAAAGCGCGGAGAGCUUGUACGGCAAGAGGGAGUUGCUGUUGGAGGAGCAACGGCGGCUGCAGGCGGCGGUGGUGGCGGAGGCCGCGGUGCUGGCGGCAGCAGCUGUUUCGGCCUCCGCUGCCGCCGCCGCCGCCAGUGACCAGGUCCCUUGUGGCGGUGGCGGUAACGGUGGCGGUAACGGUGGCGGUGGCGGUGGUGGUGGUGGUGGUGGCGGGACGCACCGUGAGGCGUCGCCAUCGGAUAUGCACCGGGGUUCAGCGAAGGAUGGGGAUGAGGGGGGGCAGGACCACCGGAAGGACGAGCUCGGGAAGAGGGCCGACGACAGUGUCGCCGCCACCGCCACAACCACCACCACUGGCACCGCCGGGGAUGGGGAGGGGGAAGGGGAGGACAGCUUGGAUGCGUUCAUGGCGACUAUGGGCGCACAGAUUGAGAAAGACAAGAUGGCUUCCCUGAAGAGGCAGCUCGCGGAAGUGGAGGCACAGCUGGCGCGAGUUACGAAGCUGCUCAGGAUAGCCGACCCGGAUGGCUGGCUGAAGCCCGGGUCGGCAGCGGCGGAGAGAGCACGCGCGGCGGCCGCGGCUGCAGCGGCGGAGGACCGGCGGGUGAAGGCCGCGAUGGCGGCGGCGGCAGCCGCCAAGCGCCGCAAGGAGGAGGAGGCCGCCAAAAAGGGCUUCGUAAUAGAGGUGGAGGAGGAGGAGGAGGAGGCGGAGGCAGGGACCUGUGAAGGUGGUCGAGGUGGUGGCGGGGCGAGUGGGCCCCGGAUAACGGGACAGCGACAGAAACAGGAGGAGCAGCACCCGGGUGACGGCAGCGGCGCCAGCGGAAGGGGAGUAGAGGGAGGAGGAGGAGACCGAGGCAGUGCCUGCGUUGCCAGCGCCACAGAGCCACCGUCGGUCUCUGCUGCUGCCGGUGCUGCCGCUGGCGGCGGCGGCAGCGGGUUGUUAAUCAUUAAGCGACCGCCCGGGGCAGCGGCGGCGCCUCGUGGGGUGAAGCCAGGACAAAGAGUGCAGCAGCAGCAACAGCCGCAUCAGGGUGGCCAGUCGGGGCCCCAGCCGGCUGGUGUCAGUGCGGCGGCAAGGGCCGCGGCAGCUGCCUUGAUGGCGGAGAUGAACGUGGCGCCGUCACAGCCCGCACUUCCGGGUCGCGGCCGGGGGCUGGCCAUGGACGACGCAGCGGAAGGAGAGGCGGCGGAGGCUCGCGGUGGCGCUGGCAAGGGAGCGCACAGGGUCGGAGGAGGCGCAGGUGGCGGCAGCAGCAGCUCGGCGGAGGCGGCGGUGGCGGCGGACCUGGAGGUCCUGGCGGCGGCGCGACGGCGGCGGGAGGAGCUGGCGGAGGCGGAGGCGGCGGAGGCGGUGCAGUGGCGGCCGCCGGAGGGCCAGCGGGGCGACGGGCGAACCAGCCUCAACGACAAGUUGGGUUACUAG